AUGGAGCUUGGAUCGACUGUCAGUGCUGUGAGGAGUAAGAGGGUGCUGGUGGGCAAUGAGGUCCGUCCUGCUGUCGUCAUAAUCAAAGAUGGGAAAAUCCAAAGCAUCUUUUCAGAUCACAACUUCUCUGGGGAUAAUGCCCAUAAGGUGCUGGAUGUGGGCGACAGUGUGGUGAUGCCAGGCAUUGUGGACUGCCAUGUUCAUGUGAAUGAACCGGGCCGGACCACAUGGGAGGGCUUUUGGACGGCCACCCGGGCUGCUGCUGCUGGAGGGGUCACCACCAUCGUGGACAUGCCUCUCAACAGCAUCCCUCCAACCGUCACCCUUGAUCAUUUUCAUGAGAAGAUGCGUGAAGCAGCAGGGAAGUGUUUUGUGGACACGGCCUUCUGGGGAGGUGUGAUCCCUGGCAACGAGUUAGAGCUUCGGCCCAUGAUCCAGGCUGGAGUGGCUGGCUUCAAGUGUUUCCUCAUCCACAGCGGAGUGGAGGAGUUCCCCCAUGUCACCGACUAUGAUCUGCACACAGCCAUGAAGCAGCUGCAAGGCACCGGAAGUGUUCUGCUGUUUCAUGCAGAGAAGGAUAUCCAUCAGACAACAGAGGAGAGAGCUGACCCCAUUCAGUACUCCACCUUUCUGCAGUCCAGGCCUGAUGCGAUGGAGACAGAGGCAAUCCGCACCGUCACAGAUCUCUGUCUCCAGUACCAGGUGCGUUGCCACAUAGUUCACUUGUCCUCCGCAGAGCCACUGAAACUGAUCCAGGAAGCGCGACAGGCUGGAGCCCCCCUGACAGUGGAGACAACCCACCACUACCUCAGCCUCUCUGCGGAAAACAUACCUGCAGGGGCCACACAAUUCAAAUGCUGUCCUCCCAUCAGAGGACACGCCAACCGGGAGCAGUUGUGGUCUGCACUAAAGAAUGGCCAAAUUGACAUGGUGGUGUCCGAUCACUCCCCCUGCACCCCUGACCUGAAGAAACUGGACAGUGGAGACUUCACUCAGGCUUGGGGAGGAAUCUCCUCACUACAGUUUGGUUUGCCUCUCUUCUGGAGCUCAGCCAGCAAGAGGGGCUUUAAGCUGCCUGAUGUUGUGAGGCUGCUCAGCCAGAAAACAGCCCAGCUUUGUAGUCUAGACAACCAGAAGGGCAGCCUUGCCCCUGGUUACGAUGCUGACUUGGUCAUAUGGGACCCAGAGAGAGACUUUGAGGUCAAAGAGGACAGCAUACAUCAUAAAAACAAGCUAACCCCUUACCUCGGCCUUACAUUGCAAGGAGUGGUGUGUGCCACCAUCCUCAGGGGAAGGCUGGUGUACCGAGAGGGAUCCUUCUUUCCUGAGCCUCUGGGGAAGCAUCUCCUCAUCCCUCACGGGAAACAUCAAGCACAGCUGUAAAGCAUAUUAACAAGGUGUAAAAAACCUCCAGACAACUGUUUAUCUGCUUGAUUUUAUUGACUGUUUCUGCUCAUAAGAGUGAGCAAGGUUGUUUCUUUCUUUUCUGUGACACCCACUAAAAUAAAGCCUCUGAAGCAGAAGCAAUAAAAAGUAAACAUGGUUGUCUUAUUGUGUUAAUCUUGUCCUGGGUUAAAAUACUAGUGAACAUACAAGUUGUGUGCAUCGUGCUGGAACUGUAAUGUAAGACAAUACAAAAUAUGAUUCACUAUUACUGGUCGCAUGCACAUCAUUUACACAGCUCAUGAUGACUACUUGUCAUGUCUCAGAAAUUAAGUUUUGUUUUGUUAAGUUUUGUUCGUGUCUUAUCUUGUGACUUCCUGUUUUAUUUUGAAAUCCCUCCCUCCUCUUGUGUCAGGUCACUUUCCCUUUCCCUUGUGUGUUUCCCAAUGGCCUGAUUGUGUGCUGCACCCUGAUUGUCUCCACCUGUUUCCCAUUACCUUUUUGUCUGUAUAUAUAUAGUCUGUGUUUCCCUUUGUCCUGAGCCAGUUUGUCCUGCUUUGUCAUGUUACAUCAGGUUUCGUAUUUCCUUUGAUACUUUGCUUUGUUUUUUUCCAUUGUCAAGUUUUCAUGUUUCUUUUGUACUUUGUCAUGCAUUAGUUUGUAGUUUUUCCUCGUAAGAGUGAUUUUUUGUUCUCAGUGUUCUUCCUCAUUUUUAGUGAAUUUCAGUUACUUUUUUUUUCAUUAAAAGGCUGUUCAUUGUAACUUUCGUCUCGAGUCGUGCAUUUGGGUUCAAUCCUCACAGUAAUAGUUCUGACACUACUUGAUUGUGUUUUACUCUAAAACUGUCUCAUCCACAAAUCAUCAAAUGUAAAGAGUCUGUCACUGUGCAGUUUGAGUUGCAUCAAAAUAAAACUUAAAACAGCA